AUGGCGGGUGAACUUGGCAAUGUCACCUACAUGUCACAAACUCAGUUGAAUGUGCUUUUAUCUCCUCCAUCCCAUGGGCUAAAAAGGAGAAUAGUGGACCCAAAGCUCUCAUGCAUCGCACGACUAGCUUUAAUCAUAAUCUCAGCCGGAUCCAACCUCAUUAUUGUGGUUGUCGCUCCUCUUGUUGCCAGAUUUCUCACCGCUCUCAGCACCUCCACCAGAAAAUCCAACAAUCGGCAACCCAUUGCCGGCCCAGCAAUCGACAACCCAUCGCUGCCGUCGUUGAACCCAUCGCCACCACCGUCGAACCCAUCAAUCGACAACCCAUCGCCGCCGCCGUCGAACCCAUCAAUCGACAACCCAUCGCCGCCGCCGUCGAACCCAUCAAUCGACAACCCAUCGCCGCCGCCGUCGAACCCAUCAAUCGACAACCCAUCGUUGCCGCCGUCGAACCCAUCAAUCGACAACCCAUCGUCGCCGCCAUCGCCAGCAAACCCAUAG